AUGUUCAAAUUUGUGGUUGGUGAUGAUGUCAAGCGUAUCGUGUCUCGGGUCCCAAACUUUGUGGUGCAUGAUUAUAAUCAGCAGGGCCAAUGCUUGAGGUUUGUUAACGAACCAACUAAUCAUGCAUUUCCCUCUUUGGAGUAUUUGAGUGUUCAUUACUUGCCCAACUUGGAGAAUAUUUGGGAGGGCGUUAGACCUUUACCAUUUGGAAGUUUCACUAAGCUUAGAAUUCUGCUGGUGUAUGCAUGUCCAAAGCUGAAAAAUGUUUUUACAAGCAGCAUGCUAUCAUGUGUCUCUAAUCUGGAAGAGUUGUUGGUUGAAGAUUGCCCAGCCAUUGAAGUGAUCACACUUGAGGAUGAGAGCAUGGAUUCUGGAACUGUUAGACUCUUGAGAUUGAAAAGAUUGACACUAAACCAUCUUCCUCGAUUGGCUAACAUUUCGGAAGGCGCUUGGCCCUCGUUAGAGUAUAUUAGCUUGCAUGGCUGCCCUAAUUGGAAGACCAUUGCUAUGAACUCAAAAGUUGAGGUAAACUGUAAAGAUUAA